CUUAAUAAUCCACCCAAAAUUUGACAUUAAAAAUGCUCUGUUUUAAAACCAAUAAAACCAUUUUUUCUCUCUUAAUAGCCUAACACAAGAAAGGGGAGAAAACCCAAGAAGAAGAGGAAGAAGAAGAACUCACAGCCUCCUCUCCUCCUCCUCCUCUUCUUCUUUUUCUUCUUCAUCAUCAUCAUAUUCUUCUUCUGAGAUUUUCAAAGAUGGGUUCUCAGGUAUCAAAACAGGUGGAGAGGAGAAAGGCAAUAAAAACAGAGAAGAAAACUCUCAUCGAUCUCAAAGUAUCCGAUGGCUGUGAUUUUCCUGGCUGUGAUCACCGUCCACAAGACAGAAAAAACUGGAUGUCAAGUCUCAACCCAGAAAAGCUUCACGUAAACCAGAUUGUAUGGCCUGGAACACACGACUCUGCAACCAACAAAAUUGGAAUCCCCUUAAUCUCUCGUCCAUUCGCGCAAUGUCAAUCCUUGUCAAUAUAUCAUCAGCUCGUUAGAGGAGCCAGAGUCCUCGACAUCCGGGUUCAGGAGGAUCGCAGGGUCUGCCAUGGAAUUCUCUUAACAUACAGUGUUGAUGUUGUAAUUGAAGACAUAAAGAAGUUCCUGUCAGAAACCGAGUCAGAGAUCAUAAUUCUGGAAAUCAGGACUGAAUUCGGACAUGAAGACCCUCCAGAGUUCGACAAGUACUUGAUUGAAAAACUGGGAGAUUAUUUGAUUCAUCAGGACGAUCAUGUGUUUGGAAAAACAGUAGCAGAGCUUUUACCAAAGAGAGUUAUUUGUAUUUGGAAACCAAGAAACUCUCCGCAGCCGAAACACGGGAGUCCAUUGUGGAGUGCAGGGUAUUUGAAAGACAAUUGGAUUGACACAGAUUUGCCAUCAACGAAGUUUGAGAGCAAUAUGAAGCAUUUGAGUGAGCAACCGCCAGUUUCAUCAAGAAAGUAUUUUUACAGAGUGGAGAACACUGUGACACCACAACCAGACAACCCUGUUUUGUGUGUGAAGCCUGUGACUAAUAGGAUUCAUGGAUAUGCUAGGUUGUUCAUCACUGAAAGCUUCUCCAAAGGAUAUGCAGAUCGGUUGCAGAUCUUCUCUACUGAUUUCAUUGAUGAAGAUUUUGUUGAUGCUUGUGUUGGACUUACUUAUGCUAGAGUUGAAGGGAAGGCCAAUAUUUGAUAACUUGUUCUCUUGUAAGUAGUUUCUGGGUCCAAUAAAGUUUAUUCGUUUGUGUUAUAAUCUGUCUGUACCAUCAUUUCUGUGUGAUGCAUAAAGUUUGGUGUUGAUUGUUCUUCCACUUUAUGUGAAUAAAAAUCUCAUUUCUGCUUAGUGGGUUUUUUCUUAUAAUGAAAUUUCUAUCAA